AUGCCAUCUGGGGCACCUUUGUUUGUCCUAAACCGUACAGCUCGUGGAGAACAGGGAAAAUCUGUACAGUUAGCGAACAUUGAAGCGGGAAAGACUGUUGCAGAAGUAAUAAGAACAUGCUUAGGACCAAGGGCAAUGUUGAAAAUGCUCAUGGAUCCUAUGGGUGGGAUAGUAAUGACUAAUGAUGGAAAUGCAAUAUUGAGAGAGAUUACUGUUGAGCACCCAGCCGCCAAAUCGAUGAUAGAAAUCGCACGGACUCAGGAUGAGGAAGUUGGGGACGGUACUACUUCUGUAAUUAUCCUCAGUGGAGAAAUGUUAGCAGUCGCUGCUCCCUGUUUGGAAAAACAGGUGCACGCUACAAAAAUUAUAUCCUCAUUCCGAAAAGGCCUCGAUGAAAUGCUUGUAUUGCUUCGUGAAAAAUUGAGUGUUCCAUGUGAUGCAUCAAAUGAACAAGAGGUCCAAAAGAUAAUUCAAAGUUGUGUUGGGACAAAACUCAUAAAUCAAUGGUCCGACCUAGCCUGCAAGAUUGCUUAUGACGCCGUAAAAAUCGUAACAGUGGAAACCGACGGUCGUAAAGAAAUAGACAUCAAACGGUACGCAAAAGUGGAAAAGAUUCCUGGUGGGUCUGUUGAAGACUCGGUUGUUCUUGAUGGCGUUAUGUUUAAUAAAGAUGUUGUACACCCUCGUAUGUCAAGAAGAAUAGAGAAUCCUAGGAUCUUGCUUAUGGACUGUAAUUUGGAGUAUAAGAAAGGGGAAAGCCAGACAACAAUGGAGUUAUCAGAUGAUAAGGACUUCACUCGUGCUCUAGAAAUAGAAGAGUCCUUCAUCAAGGAAAUGUGUGACCAAAUUAUCCAAUAUAGUCCCAAUGUUCUUAUUACCGAAAAGGGAGUUAGUGACCUCGCUCAACACUAUCUGAGCAAAGCCAACAUAUCCGUCAUAAGGCGACUCAGAAAAACAGACAAUCUACGCAUCGCGAGAGCAUGCGGUGCUACUAUUGUCAAUAGACCAGAAGAAAUCAAGGAGGAAGAUAUCGGCGUCCAAGCUGGUCUUUUUGAAGUAAAAACAAUAGGAGACGAGUAUUUCACAUUCAUAACGAAGUGCACGAAUCCCAAAGCUUGCACCAUUCUGCUCAGAGGUGCCAGCAAGGAUGUACUCAAUGAAGUCGAGCGCAAUUUGCAAGAUGCCAUGAAUGUAGUUCGUAAUGUUAUGUUGGAGCAGCGAUUAGUUCCUGGAGGUGGUGCCAUUGAAAUGGCCCUGGCACAAGAAUUAACUCAAAAAUCAAAAUCAGUUAAUUCUGCCGUUCAGCAAAUGGUUUACCUCGCAAUGGCACAAGCCUUAGAAGUGAUACCCAGGACGUUAGCUAAAAACUGUGGUGCAAACGUUCUUCGACUUAUCACGGAGCUUCGUGCUCGUCAUGCUACUGAUCCUGCUAAAUAUUGGACAUUUGGUGUGAACGGAGUGUCUGGAAAGAUUGUCGAUAUGAAAGAACUGGAUAUUUGGGACCCCUUGACAGUCAAGGCCCAAACUCUCAAGACAGCAAUUGAGACUGCGAUUUUGCUGCUGCGAAUCGAUGAUGUUGUUUCUGGGGUAAAGAAGCAAUCGGGAGAUAAUACACAAACGCCCACAGCCACUGAAUGA